AUGAAUAAAAACAAAAAUAUCAGCGCCGCAAUUAAUAAGAAAAUUCAAGAGCGAGCUCAGGAGGGGCGAAAGAAUGACAAAAAGGUACACAAUGAAGUACACAAGUUGAUAAAUAAAGAAAUAAUACUGGAUUAUAACACUAAUGAAAAGGUGAAUGUUAAAUUUAUUUUAAGUAAAUAUUUAAAUAUAAUAACUUAUUUGACAAAGGAAAAUAUAAAUUUAAAAAAAAUCUUAGAAAAAAUUAAGUUGGAAAAUAAUAAAAAGGAAAGUAUAAUUAUUAAAUAUGAACAUGAGUUGAGAUCAAAAAAUGACAUUAUCCAAAAACUAAUCAAUACAUCUGGAACAGCUACUUCUGAAGUAGAUUUAAGUGCAUUACAUGCUUCAGCUGAGCAAGUACAAGAAAGUAGCUCUAUCAUCCAACAAGACAUAGAAGUAUUGAAAGCAGACAAUGCGUCUUCUCCAAGCUUGAAAAGAGCAAAUCAUUAUUCCCACGAUGGGGACAUUUAUCAAAAGAGGUUUCCCUCAUUCAGUUGCACAUUUGCAGAUACACAGAAUGAAGAGAAAUGCGAAGGUUUCACAAAAAAUAAUUCACCACAGACGAGUGAAAUCAACGUCCCUAAUAAUUGUGCGGGAAAAGGGAGAAGCAAUGGGAAAACGAAAACUUUACUCCAGGAAAAUGUUGGUAAUAUUCCUUAUGACGAAAUGAAAAAAAAUAAACAUGAUGAGAAAAAAUCCUUAACAAGCUCAAACAAUUGUGGGAAUGAUUUAAUAUGGAAUAAAAAAAAAAGCAAAAAUGAAAUUCCAAUAUUUAUUUCAAAGGAUAUAAAUUUAUAUUCACUCAAAAAUUGUAAAUCAAAAGAUAAUGAUAAAUGUAUUGACGAACUGAAUUGUCUCAUACACAGUGCUCCUACUGCUGAUAACAUUAAUGGUGUUAAAAUUGUUCAGUAUGAAGGGAAAAUUGAAAAAAUUGAAAAAUAUCAUAAACAAUGUGAAGAAGAUUAUAAAAAUAUAUAUAUCCGAAGUGCUCAUAUUAUUGAUAAAUCAAGCAGCUUAAAUAUUCAAAGAGAAAUGAACAUAUCUCAAAAUGUCAUACUUGAAGAAACGAAAAUUGUGAAUUCUCCACCUUUCGUGUGUGAAAGUUUGCAAAAAAUGAAAAGUCUGCCUAUCUCAGAAAAUAUCGUUGAUGAUGAAGAAAAUAUGGAUAAAAAAUAUAUUAAAAUGGACGUGUUAUUAAUGAGAGAAAACAAUGGGGAAACGGACUAUAAGAAGGGUAAGGAGGAAAAAAUGAAGAAAGAGAAUCUCAGUCAUUUGCAUGCAAGUGGUCCUGACAAGAACAAGCAUGCAGGAAAUAUAAUUGACAAUGAAAUUUUGCAAAGCGAUAGUGAGAAAGUGGUAGGUCACGAUACUUUCGUCCCUAAAAUAAGUGCUGCCAUAGUGGACAACUCACACGAAAAUCGUAAUAUAAUGAAUUCCAAUUCCUUCGAAAAGAAAAGUGCGGACAAUGAUCUGGAGGAUGACAAUUUUGAAGACUUGGAAAAUAUUAUGUCUACUAUAUUGAAACUUAGAAAAAAGGGGUAA